UGUUUGUCUUCGAGUGUAUAAAUGGAAAUUCCGCAGAAGAGCUGGGUAGUAGAUAAUUCUCAUUGCUGAAUUUCGAAGCGUCUAACACCGGUUUAUUACGUCAAAUCGAACUGAACCGAUCCGUUCUUCUGAAAGAAGAGUUCACCCUUUCAACCAUGGAUUCCCCUGUUGGCAAAAAACUCACGGGACUGGUAGCUGCUACCUUCACCCCUCUCACUCCUCAAGGUGAGAUUAAUCUGCCUGUUAUUGGGUUAUACAUUGACUACCUUCUGGAACAUCAGGGAGUGCGGAAUGUGUUCGUGAACGGGACGACUGGAGAGGGCAUGUCUCUCACCGUGGAGGAGAGGAAGAAACUGGCGGAAGAGUGGUGUGGAAAAGGAAAGGGAAGGCUGGAGCAGGUGAUCAUUCAUGUGGGCUGUAUGAGCCUGAAGGACUCCCAGGACCUGGCACGACACGCAGCCAGAGCAGGGGCUGAUGGGAUAGCAGUGGUGUCUCCCAGCGUGUUCAAACCCUCCGAUGCAGGUGUGCUGAGGCAGUUCCUGCAGGAAGUGGCUGCAGCCGCCCCUGACCUUGCCUUCUACUACUACCACAUCCCGGCGCUGACCGGGGUUAACCUGUUAGCCAGAGAUGUAUUAGAAGGGAUAGAGAAACAGAUUCCCUCCUUUCGGGGGUUAAAGUUCAGUGGUAGUGACCUGAUGGACUUUGGCCAGUGUGUCAGUUACUGUCCAUCUGAUUGGUCAAUCCUUUACGGAAUGGAUGAGCAGCUGCUAGCUGCUCUGGUAAUGGGUGCCAAUGGUGCGGUGGGCAGCACAUACAACUACCUGGGAAGAAAAGCGAAUAGCAUCCUGUCAGCUUUUGAAAAGGGGGACCUCACCCGGGCCAGAACUUUACAGUUCGAGGUGCAGGAUGGCAUUUCCUAUGCAGUGAAGCUGGGGUUCGACGUGGCCGUGAACAAGAGUCUGAUGAGCGAGGUUUCGGGCCUGGACCUGGGCCCCCCGCGCCUGCCCCUCCGGCCCUGCCCCCAGCCCCGGGCCGUCUCCAUCGCGCAGAGACUCCGAGAGGGCCCCGCGACCGGGCCCAUCCCCCGUCAGAACACGGACGGGUGAAACCCAAACGUCUACUCCUGGGACCUCAUGCAAGAACCAAUCACUUAGAUUUCUUAAAAUGAGUGAUUUGAGAGAACUUUAAGAGAAAUUCACAAAGUUUUCUUCGGUAGGAACAACAUUUAUGGCCGGUCCUGACCUCUCGUAUACGUCAUGUUAACAAGAGCUCACCUGGCACACACAACUCGGAUCAAACUUUCAAACUAGGCGUCGCAGAGCGAAUGUGAAUCAAGGUUCAGCAACUGCAUUUCUUGCAUCAAAUGUUUUCAGACACGUAUUGUAGUGGACUUUGGGGUUUUAAGAGAAACAAGAAAAGGCCUAUCAAAGGCCAUAGUAUUAUAUUUAGCCAAAAAUGAAUGAAACGCAGUCUACCAAAUCAGGUACCAGUCGUCCAUUGUUCUUGUUAAUCCAUUGGCCAUCUAUCCAACGGAACCUACGUACAGUAUCCUAUAUACUGUAUUAUAGUGGACAUCUUAAUUUAGGACAGUUUUGUGACAUUAGGGGCGUUUGUUGAAUCCGAUGUGGCACCACCGUAUGAGCCAUACUUACAAAAAAAGUAAGAGCCAUUUAUGAUUGGACUACAAAAAAUGUUCUUGCAUGAGGCCCAUUGAUUUUAAAUGUAGUUCUUUUCUACGCCACUGUGCUAUUCACUGCAAUACACUUUCGGUGGAAAGCACACUAUGGCCAUUUUCUAUGCUUUCUUAUUGUGUUUAGAGAUUUGUUUUUUACUAUAUGAAGCUGGCCAUAUUAUGCCAGAAUUGACACAUUGACUCCAUCCACCUAUGUUUCAUUCUAUAUUUCAGCACACACUGUGAUCCUUAAAGCAUUUUGAUGUCAGUUAUGUGGUUAAUCUACGUCAGUCAUGGUGGUCGAUACGAUAUCAAUUAUUGGGGCAAAAAAACAGAAACAAAAUUAGAUAUUGGUAAUUAGAAAUUUUAGUAAAGAGCUCUGUUGUAUUAUAGGUAGAAAAGUGGUCAUACCACGAUUCGACGUAGAUCAGCCUUGUUGCUGCAACCUAGGUUGAAAAAAAUUGUUUGGGGAGAGUGUUCUUAGUCAUAUACGCACAGCCUUGCUUAAGCAGUUCCAAUAAAGGAACUCUUGAAGCCAGUAUUUUUCUCAGGUGCAAAUGCUUAUGGUUCAACUUGUCGGUACAUUACAGCACUUUAAAUAGAAAGUACUUUUCUGUAAGGGUUAUUCAUUGUUUACUGACCAACAAUCACUGACUGCCAGUAUUUUUAAAAUUCUUGCUCUUUUUACCUGACAAAUAAAGGGAUUCUAUAAAA